GGUAGUAUUGUCUUCUGUAAAGUACAUCUGUACAUCAGAUAUUACUACAACUACAUCAACAACAUGUUUUGUCUGAGCGGCUGGACAAGACAGACUAAAAAAAUAAAUAAUGUAAAAUAAAUGUGCACACGGCUUAGUGUUUCCCACAGGACUGCAAUCCAUGUGUGGCGCUGACUUGGGGAUGGAUGAUGUCAUUAUCUAAAAUUACAUAAUUGUUCAUUGUCAUUUUUAUCGACGGGGAAGGCAAAGAGUGAGCAAGUGUGCACUUAGCUCAUGAGAGUGCACAUUUUUAAAGUGGAGUGUCAUUGUUAUGGCAACAUGAAUCCAUAUCCUCUUCUUAUCUCCUUUUUAAUGUGGGAAUUGCAUCCACUGGAGUUAGUCUCUCCCCAAGAUGGCCACGAUUGAGGGUGUUUAGAGUCCAUUGCUGCACACUAACAUUUGAGGCUUAGUGCGGACGCACGCAUGCACUGAAGAUUCCAAGUGGAAGUAUGGAAGGGUGUGAAUUAAGACGCAGCCCAAAAUAGCACACCUGUUCCAACUGAGCUGCACAUUUUGCCCUUUGAGUUAGCAUGUGCUGAGCCUUCUCUCAGCAUUCACACUAUCUUUCCCUCCAUCAAUUGCCUCGCAGAAAAAAAACAAAUAUUCCGCUACACGCCGGCUGCACUUGAAGGUGAGUCAGAUCAAUAUCGAUGUUUCCCACAAUGCAAUGUAAAAACCAUGAAUGUGUUUUGACAUAUAAGUCCAUCUUGCUGAGGAAGGCAGCUUCCAUGCUUUUGGCUGAGGGUGAAGCAAAGAAGGCAGAGAGAGAGAGAGUCUUCAGUGAAAGUUUCCCUUCACCGAAGCUCUCAGACCUGUCAGUCCAAGACCUCAAGGAACUUUGCCGAGAAAUACACCAGAAGAUUGAUGUUGCGGACGAAGCUCGAUACGACAUCGACAUCAAGGUGGCCAAAAAUGAAAGUGAGAUUGUCACACUGAAACAGAAGAUCUGCGAGCUGAAGGGGAUCGGGCGACCCAGCUUGAAGAGGGUGAAGAAAAGCACAGACAACAUGCUGGGCGCUUACUCGGACACCUCCAAACUGAUGAAGGCUGACUUCAAGGCCAACCUCAAGACCGUAAAGAAGGAGGAAGAAAAACGGGAGGAAGUGACUGACUGGCGCAAGAACGUGGAGGCCAUGUCUGGAAUGGAGGGCAGGAAGAAGCUGUUUGACGCCGGGCAACAACACAAGUCAUGAUCAUUGUGUGUGAGUGUAAGGGGAGUGAGUAGUCACUGACAGUAUGCUAAUACAACUAAGACACAUGAGUGAAAAGUGUCAUCACUGUCCUCAACAACAUUUAAAGGAGAAUUGCACUUUCAUGAAAUGUUGCCUAUCAUUCACAAUCCUUAUGUGAGACAUGCACACUUGUUUUUCUUCUUUUCUAACUCCUAAAUAAUGGCUGGCAAAAGACAGCUUAAUAAUAGAGCUAAUGACAUUCACACUAUUCCACCUAUAAAAGUGCACUAGAAAGCAUCCAAAAACGUUUUCUAUACACGCUGUAAGUAUAUACAUAUGUCACUUAUUAACAUUCAUAAUAACAAGCAAUAUUUACAUAUUUUAAGCACACACUGCAAAAAGUGAAAUCUAAGUAGAUGAAAAAUCUCAAAUAAGGGUGAUAUUUGCUUAUUUUCUGUCUGAUAAGAUCAUUCUUCUCACUAAGCAGAUUUGAUGUUAGAGUGUUUUACUUGUUUGAAGUGUUUUGCUCCUAAAUGAUGUCAGUAAGAUAUUACAGCUUGUUGCUGAGAUUUGAAGAGCUAUAUUGAGUAAAACAUGCUUGAAACUAGAAUAUCAAGUGUUGCAAAGCUGUGUCAUCAACACUCACAAGUAGAAAACUACUUUUUUAAAGUCAUCAUUUCUUAUUUCAUGCAUGAAAAAAAAAAAAAAACCUGACUUUGACACAAUUGUGUCUCAUAAUUAAAACAGGUGACAGCCAAAUGGACUUUGCUGUUUAUUUUCAAUGAAACAAUAGAAACUACGUACUCAUAUAGUAGUACAGUUGUUAUUAGUGAUAAUAUACUUAUUUUAAGGUAUUUUGGGGUUUAUUGAGGUUAGCUAAUUUUACUUUUUUUGGAAAGUCUUGACAAGCCAAAUGUUCUUGUUCUAUUGGCAGAUCAUUUUGCUUAGUUCAAAUAAAAUACCCCUCAUUUUUGUACUUUUUUUUCUUGUUUUUGAACACUGACUCUUUGCAGUGUAAAUAUGUCCCCUAUGUAAGCUUCAGCAGUUUUGUGAUGAAUUCAAAGCAAUCUGUGUUUCAAAAAGGAACAAAAUGCCACUACACAU